AUGGCGUGUGCCCUGGUUACACAGAUCUCUGUUUUAAAGUUCAAGAAGCUCUCCGCGAAGGCCAAGGAACGUAGAGGUACCUCUAGUCUGAAUCCGGACCUUCCUACCGAGCGAGGUUAUCUUGCGGACGCUCAUCAACCAUCAGCUCAUCGCCUACCUUGCAUGGUCAUAGCCACCAACAACCAAGAAGCCUUGCCCUCACAAAAAGCUCUACGAAAGGAGAGGAAUAUCAGCGGGGAGGCCGGCGACAACAAGAAGCGCAAGAAGCACAACGGCGAGACCGCCGAGGAGAAGACUGAGCGCAAGAAGCAACAGAAGAGCCAGUUGGGAUCCUGGAGAUAUAGCGAUGGAGGAAACCGCUCGCUGGAGUUCGUCAGCGACCCUGUCACUUGUAGACCGCGGGGCAAGAAUCCAGGUUGA